AUGUGCCCAGCAGGGUCCUGGGUGGAGCUGCAGCUGAGCGGCGCCGGGAAUGGCGCGGGGAACGGGCAGGAGCAGGGCCCUGCCUCGCGCUCCAUCCACAACGGCGACAUGGAGAAGAUCCUGCUGGACGCGCAGCACGAGUCGGGACGGAGCAGCUCCAGGGAGAGCUCCCACUGCGACAGCCCUCCUCGCUCCCAGACCCCCCUGGACAGCCACAGAGCUCUGGAGAUAGAGAGUCACAGCAGUGGGGAGAAGAACAGCUUCCAGUCCGAAGAGGAUUUCCUGGAGCGCAGGAGGGAGGUGGAGCGGCUGCUGCGCCGGAACGCGGACUGGAUAUGGGACUGGUCCAGCAGGCCCGAGAACAUCCCUCCCAAGGAGUUCCUGUUCAAGCACCCUCGGCGCACGGCCACGCUCAGCAUGAGGAACACCAGCGUCAUGAAGAAGGGAGGGAUAUUCUCCGCAGAGUUCCUCAAGGUGUUCUUGCCCUCCCUGCUGCUCUCCCACCUCCUGGCCAUUGGACUGGGGAUCUACAUCGGGAGGCGCCUGACCACCACAGCCUCCAGCAGCUCCUUCUAG